CCAAAAUCCAGUGAGCAUAUCUGACCAUAAACAAGUUAUCAAGAACAGUAUCCAAGCUGUAUCUCUUUUCUCCACUUCCUUCCCCUCACUUGCUUCUGUUUCUCCCCAGGGUGAUCAGGAAUCUCCAGAUGCUUGUCUGCCUCCUACAGUGCCUGAAACAUCAGCCCCACCCCUAAAGCCCCUUAACUCUCAGAGCCAGAAACGUCUUGCACCUCAGCCCCUUCUUUCUCACUUUCCACCUUCUAUCGAGCUAACCAUUCCUAAGACCAGGCAAAAUGGGAAUCAGGAAGCUCCAGAGACUCCCUUAUCCUCAGAGCUGGAGCCUUUUCAUCCAAAGCCUAAAAUCAUAACUCGGAAGUCCUCCAGGAUGACACCCUUUCCAGCUACCUCUGCUGCCCUUGAGCCCCACCCUUCCACCUCCACAGCCCAGCCAGACACUCCCAAGCCCACAUCUCAGGCCACUGGGGGCCGGACAAAUAGGUCUUCUGUCAAGACCCCUGAAACUGUUGUCCCCACAGCUCCUGAGCUCCAGCCUUCCACUUCCACAGAUCAGCCUGUCACUCCUGAGCCCACAUUUCAGGCUACUAGGGGAAGAAAAAAUAGAUUCUCUGUUAAGAACCCUGAAACAAUUGUCCCCACAGCCCCUGAGCCCCACCCUUCCACCUUCACAGACGAGCCUGUCACUCCCAAGCCCACAUCUCAGGCCACUAGGGGCAAGACAAAUAGGUCCUCUGUCAAGACCCCUGAAACAGUUGUACCCACAGCCCCUGAGCUCCAGCCUUCCACCUCCACAAACCAACUUGUCACCCCUGAGCAUACAUCUUGGGCCACUAGGGGCAGGACAAAUAGGUCCUCUGUCAAGACCCCUGAAUCAACUGUCCCUGUAACCCCUGAGCUCCCACCUUCUACCUCCACAGACCAGCCCGUCAUCCCUGAGCCUACAUCUCGGGCCACUAGGGGCAGGACAAAUAGGUCCUCUGUCAAGACCCCUGAAUCAGUUGUAUCCACAGCCCCUGACCUCCAACCUUCCAUCUCCACAGACCAGCUUGUCACCCCUGAGCCUACAUCUCGGGCUACUAGAGGAAGAAAAAAUAGAUCCUCUGUCAAGAACCCUGAACAAGUUAUCCCCACAGCCCCUGAGCUCCAGGCUUCCGCCUCCACAGACCAUCCUGUCACCCCUGAGCCCACAUCUCAGGCUACUAGGGGAAGAAAAAAUAGGUCCUCUGUCAAGACCCCUGAAACAGUUGUCCCCAUAACC